AUGGACCGGCAAAAGGCACGAGAACUAAUCGAAGGGAUAUCCAAACAAUAUGGAUACCUCAAUGAAGAUGUUCUAAGCCAGAUGUCGGCCGAUGUCCGACGUCAAGUUGUGGAAGCGAUGCUGAAGAAAGACAAGAUAAUCGCAUCUUCUGUGAUGACCUUGUCCAAGAAUCUGUAUAGCAGCAGCGCGCGCUUCGUCUUCGAGCUGCUACAAAACGCCGAUGAUAAUCACUACACCACAAUAAAGAGCCGUGGUAUUGGACCCCCAAUUACCUUUCACGUGUAUCCGCGACGCAUUGUGGUGGAUUGUAACGAGGAUGGCUUCACGCAUGAGGAUAUUGUGGCCAUCUGCAACGUCGGUAAGAGCUCCAAAAUGGGUGCCCAGGGCUACAUAGGCGAUAAGGGCAUUGGCUUCAAGUCGGUCUUCAUGGUCGCCUGGAAAGUACACAUCCAAUCAGGCAACCUCUCCUUCUCCUUCCAGCAUAAACCGGGCUAUUCAGGCAUGGGGAUGAUCACCCCGGUCUGGGAGGAAGGCGAGGAGCAGCUGGAGGGCCCGCUGACUCGCAUGACCCUCUAUCUUCAGGAUGAUGAGGCCCGGAGGCAGUCCGCUAUGCAGCAGUUUCGCGAUUUGCAAGACACACUACUAUUGUUCAUACAGGAAGGAAAUCGCAAGGUGCUGCGCAAAACAAUUGUUCGAGAUGGGAAGAUAGAGGAACUCACACAGCACUACUACUUCACCAAAUACCUCGCCCAAAACCUGCCCCCAAGUGAGAAUCGAAGGUAUACCAGAUAUGAACAGGCCACCAAGACAUAUAGCAAGGCACUAGUCAUGCUUGCAUUUCCCCUAACCCAAGAUUCUAUUCCAAUAAUUGAACAGCAAGAUGUUUUUGUCUUUCUUCCCAUUGGCAAUAUGGGAUUCACUUUUCUAAUUCAUUCGGACUUCGUGACAAAUGCAAAUAGACAAAAUAUCAUUUACUCCUCCGCACGAAAUUGUAAGCUGCGGGCUGCGGUUGCCAAUGCCUUUAACAUGGCUGUCUUGGGGAUGUGCAAUCAUCCCUUACUGCGAUACACAUGGAUGCGCUAUCUGCCGACAGACAAUGACAAUCAAUGGGACCCGUUCUGGGCGAGGCUACUGAGCGAAAUUAAGGACUGCUUGAGAUCAAGCCCCAUUUUACAGAGUCAUACGAGUCGAUCAUGGCUCUCCAUUGAAACUAUGCUGUAUCUAAAGGACUAUUCGUUUGAUAAGUCUGGAGACCCUCUCUUCCCCGACCUCCCAGGGGAGCGAUACCUCUCAUCGAGUUACGAUAGGCAGGAUAUUGGGCAGCUGAAGGAGUACGGCCUCCAAUCCAUGCAUCUAGGUGGCAUUCACUCUCGUGCUGCCAAGAUCCUCGCCAUCCCUUUCGUUAAGAGAUGCCCUAACCUGAUACGGAUGGUCAAAGCCUUGCCCCUGAUUCCUUUGAUGACCGGUCAUUGGGUAUCGAUCCGAGAAAUAUCUGUCCACUAUUCAUCAAUCGGGGAGAUUCCACUUCCUCGAGACCUUGGCCUUGCUCUAGUCAAUCCCGAUGCAGAGAAUAACCCACAGCGUAGAAUUCUAUUCGAGUACCUAGGAGUUCGUGAGGCGUCUAUCGAUUACGUUCGAGGGCUGAUCCUGGAAAGAUUCAAAUCAAGCAAUCCUGCAAGCCUCAGCCCCCAAAUGUCAAGGAGUCACCUUGUGUUUCUCUAUCGCACAACAACCCUCUUUUCUCCCGCUGCUCAAGCUAUCAACAUACAGUUGUUCGACGAUAAGGAGAGCUUACGAAACCCAAAGACCGACAAGUUCUAUUUUCCUCAUGAUGACCCAUGGGGUGCCAAAGCAUUACUUGAGCCUGUUCCAAGCGGGGCACCCGGGCUGGAGGUUUCGUAUAUAAACAAGGAAUAUCUGCACGAUCCUCCAUCACGCCCACCAACAGAGGCACUACCAUGGAACAGGUGGCUACAGCAAGCUUGCCAAGUCCGUGAUACCCUCUCACUAACUGAAUCCACUACAUCCACGCCUAACGUUGCUCUGGGGCGGGAAUUCCUCUAUGUUGCGCAGCACCGGCCAGAAAGGUUCAUGGGUCUACUUGCAGCCCGCUGGCCAUUCGAUGGGCCCACGGUCGUUCAACAACCAGACCUUGUCCUCUACGAGGACGGCACUAAGAACCGACUGUCGGGCUGCUAUAUUCCAACCCCAGCGCUGAAAGGGAUGGUUUCAAAGUUCAUGAGGGACAAUGAGUUCUUUCCAUGGUUGCAUCUCGAUCUACCAUUUGACCAAGGCAUGCUUGCACCGGCAUGGGCGGCUUUGACCAAGGCUCUCAGCUUUGGGUCUCCUGAAUCUCAAUUAGACUUCUAUCUGGAUAUUAUGAACUCCCUAUGUGAUGCCCUCUAUUAUGGGGACUCGGACCCCAACAGAAUGUUCGACCUCUAUGUCAAAGUCCAGAUGGAAUGCCAUGCAUCUGUUGCGGACUCUCGUGCUGCAGAGAAAGUUCGGAACCACGUUUAUAGAUUCACCGAUAUUUGGAUUCCGCCACAGGAUUAUGAGGCACCCCGUGAUAUGAAGAGCAAGUAUCCCCUCGAGUCACUGUUUGAAGACUACUGUCGGCAGAACCCGGCAGACGCCAUUUACCUCAAGGAUUUCUUUCAAAAGACGCUGCAAAUCCCCAAUGUCGGCGCAGAUGAUUUUUUAUCCGAGUUGAGGAUGCUGCAGUCUGAUAAAUGCAAUAACUUUGACCAAAUCAGUACGGUAUAUAUUGAGUUGAGGCGAAUGUGUGAAAUGAUGUCUCCAGAGACUGCGGAUCGUGUUCGCUAUUGCUUUGCCAACGAGCGUCUCAUUUAUGUGGCCUCCGGUUGGUAUACCGUUCCGGAAUGUCUAUGGUCAACAUGUACCUCUAUUUCUGGUCGCACUGCGCUCAACGACCAUUACCACGGUCUGAGAGAAUUCUUUGUCGAUUUUCUCGGGGUCCAGAGACUAACAAUGCAGAUGGUCGUGGAAAGGCUUCGAGACCUGGGUCUGACGAGCUCAUCUGUCGACAGCGUGAAAGAAACCAUGUGGACCCUCAAUGCUCUGAUCCAGACUGAUGAUUCAGAUAUCUUCUCUCCUGAAGCUAUUUUAAACAGUGCCGUUUUCCCUGUCCGGUCUCCUCAAGGUGGCGUGCAGCUUCAGACGUAUGCAGCCGCGUUUGGAAUUGCGGAUCGCAAGCAUCUUCUAAGCCAUUUUAGCUCCAAGGCCAAGCUGCUGGACUUUGAAGUUGAUGAAAUCCCACGCCUUGAGCCGUUUAUCUUAUGGAGUGGGCUCUGGGACCGCUAUCUGUCGUGCUGUGUCAAGGAGAUCACGAUGGUGGAUAGAGACGCAGCUCGGCCAUUGUCCAAUCCUGAUCGUGAUAUCCGUCCAAAGGCACACGGUCUUCUUCGCUUUGCAGUUCAUCUUCAAAGCCCCCGCGCGGUUCAGGAUGAAGAGGCCCUUUACGAAACACUUAAAACAAUCAGCAUGAAGGAAACCAACGGGAUCUUAUCUGAGCUGCGUCUUCAUCAGGAUGGGAUGGACAUCAAGGUUGAGAUUUCGAGGAGUGAGCUGCACCUCGACGCCCGAGACGGACGACUCACCGUGUAUAUUUCAGAAGACCGGCGCGCCCAGGACAUAUGUUUCCUUGACCGCUUACCAGUAGCCCUCCUGCAAUGGAUGAAGACAGACCCAUCGACGCAAAUUGUGCAUGACUUUGGUAACAAUGCCAUUACUGUCAUGCAAACGCUUCUGCACCCGUAUAACAAUUACGUCUCAGACCUGCUAGACCGCGCUGGUAUUAUGUCCAUCGCGAAAGCGGACGACGCAACUGUCACUGGAGAGAGCCGCGCUUCGAAACGUGAUCCGCCAUCCACCGCCGCAGAAAGCAGCGGCGUGGUCGAAUACACUAUCUUUGGCUCGGACGAUCUCACAUCCAUGUCCUCCCGGCCGAGACAUGACUCUUUGAUCUCAGAAUCCACCCUUGUUUCUCCGUCCCUGCGGUCUCUCCCAAUGGCUCAGCCUUCUACUGCUACCCUGAAACAUUAUACGGACACUCCGAUUGAUCCAGAGUACCUCCGAUUGCUAUCAUAUGUCCUCGAGUAUGCGAGAGGUACCGCAUUACCCAGCCAAGGAGCAUUUGAUAUGACAGCAUUGGAUGAGUCGAUUACAACGGACUCAUGCUCUAAGCCUUACCAGCUUCAAAUCUCUGACCAGUGGGAACGGGACUCUAAGAUCGGGGCAGCCGGAGAGUUGUUCGUGUUCGAGCUCCUCUCACGUCUAGAUCCACACCUACCUGCGUUCACUCGCGACAACUGGAAAAGCAAGAUUCGGAGAUUCGUCACGAUCCUCCCCGAAUACUCUACCAUGACCGCAUGGCAUGGUCGGGAGACAGCUGAUAUCGCCUACGACGACCACGAUGGUGUUCUCACCUCUCUAUUUAUCGACAAGGGAUACUUACGUGAGGAUAUCUGGAGGGGGGAAACACCCCGAUUCCACAUUGAUGUCAAAUCCUCUACGGGGGCUUGUCAGACGCCUUUCUACAUGAGCAAACAUGAGUACCGACGGAUGCAGGAAAUGUCCAACGGGAAGUCCCAAUCGGAGAACGCAGAUGUGGUGUACGUGAUCUUCCGUGUUUAUGAUCUGGGACAACGGAGCAUGAAUGUGAAGGUGUAUGUGGAUCCGGAAGUGAGGCGAGUAAGAGAGGAGUUAGUCUUCACUGCUGAAAGCUGGUCGGUUGUUCCGUCUUGA